GUGCGCUCACCUGUACGCGUGAGUGCGCAACUCGUAGAGGAAAGAAUUACACGGAAUUAUCGCGUGUUACAUUUUAUCUCCGCAUGCUAAACAAAGAAUCAUAGAUUGCGGACAUCGAGAUCGUCGUGGAUCGAAACCGGUUUCAUCAUGAGAAUAUUCCAACGGUGAGAUAUAUGCGACAUUGACAGACGCUGAAAGGAUGUCUCGCGAGGCGCGUUGAUCAAGAUUUUGUUCGUACAUCGAUACUGUUCGUUGCCGCCGCUGCCGCGAGUGAUUCUCAGCGACCAUUCAAAGAUAUAAUAAACAGACGGACGUAGAUGAAGAAUUUCAUUGGGAAUUCAUCGAUUCGGCGAUAGAGAAAGAGAAAAUGACUGCUACAGAAGAGACCGAACCGCUAAUUUCGUCGCGUACUGCUGUAAGCAGCUGCGGAAAUAAACCAGAAAGUGUCUCGUACGAUGCGAUCACAACACCGGGAAGAAGUGGAAGAGACACAACAUCAUGUAGAAUGGAUCCUGAAACAUCAACGUCGACGUCGUCGUUGUUCAAAUUGAAACGGAUUUCGGGUUCCUCGAGUACAGUGUUAACGCCGUUAAUAACCGCAACUGUGGUAGUACCUACGCAUGCGCACACGGGUUCCAUUGGAGGAAACACUGAAAACGAAUCAAUUACGUACACAUGGAGCGAUUUGAACGUGUAUGUCGCUAAGAGAAAUGAAAAACCAUGGAAAGUUUUUCUAAUGGGAAAGAAACCAAUUGAACGAAGACAUCUAUUGAAGGACGUAUGCGGUGUAGCUUAUCCAGGUGAAUUGUUGGUAAUUAUGGGAUCAUCGGGUGCUGGUAAAACAACGUUACUAAACGCUCUGACGUUUCGCUCGGGUCGUGGGGUAACUGUGUCCGGUGCAAUGGCCGCCAACGGACGAAGAGUAUCUUCGACGAUAUUGACAUCUAGAACGGCGUACGUGCAACAAGAUGAUUUAUUCGUCGGCACUUUGACCGUUACAGAACAUCUUCUAUUUCAAGCCAUGGUACGCAUGGAUCGAGGAAUACCAAUGGAACAGAGAAUCGAUCGAGUAAAUCGUGUAAUUAAUGAGCUUGCCCUAACCAAGUGUAGAAACACGGUGAUCGGUCAACCAGGAAGAAUUAAAGGACUCUCUGGGGGUGAAAUGAAAAGACUAUCAUUCGCAUCGGAAGUUCUUACCGAUCCACCGUUGAUGAUCUGCGACGAACCUACAUCGGGUCUCGAUUCCUUCAUGGCACAUCAGGUGGUUUCCGUUCUGAAAGAUUUAGCCGCUCGUGGAAAAACUAUCAUCGCUACGUUGCAUCAACCCUCGUCGGAACUAUUUGCCCUUUUCGAUAGAAUUUUAUUAAUGGCCGAGGGAAGGGUGGCCUUUAUGGGUACCACGUCGCAAGCUUGUGCGUUUUUCGACACACUUGGCGCUGCGUGUCCCAGUAAUUAUAAUCCGGCGGAUUACUUUGUUCAAAUGUUGGCAGUUGUGCCAGGACAAGAGAUAUCCUGCCGUCACGCGAUAAAAACGGUAUGUGAUACCUUUCAGAAGAGCGAACUUGGAAUGAAAAUUGCAUUGGAGGCAGAAGCGAUAAAUGGCGAAUUUGAAGAUUCUUUGCGAAAUUCAAAAUAUUCGGAGAGUAAUCGAUCGCCGUACAAAGCAACUUGGUGCGAGCAAUUCCGCGCGGUUCUCUGGCGAUCUUGGCUAUCGGUGAUCAAGGAACCGAUCCUCAUUAAAGUUCGCUUGUUACAGACUAUCAUGGUGUCUCUAUUGAUCGGUGUCGUGUACUUUGGCCAACGAUUGGAUCAAGACGGAGUAAUGAAUAUUAACGGUGCUUUAUUUAUAUUUCUCACCAACAUGACUUUCCAGAAUGUUUUUGCCGUGAUCAACGUUUUCUGUGCAGAGUUGCCAAUAUUUCUACGGGAACAUCGAAACGGUAUGUAUCGUACCGAUGUGUAUUUUCUUUGUAAAACGCUGGCAGAAGCACCCAUCUUUAUAGCUGUACCACUACUCUUCACUGUCGUCGCUUAUCCCAUGAUUGGAUUGUAUCCGGGAAUCGAUCAUUUUUUCAUUACCGCUGGUGUCGUCGCUCUUGUAGCAAAUGUGUCAACAUCUUUUGGUUAUUUGAUAUCCUGCGUUAGCAACAACUUGUCCAUGGCGUUGUCCAUAGGACCACCGGUGAUAAUACCGUUUCUAUUGUUCGGUGGAUUUUUUUUAAACACAGCGUCUGUUCCAUUCUACUUCGAAUGGUUCUCUUAUUUGUCUUGGUUCCGUUACGGUAACGAAGCUCUUCUUAUCAAUCAAUGGUCGGAUGUGGAAUCUAUCGCGUGUACAAGAAGCAAUGCAACUUGCCCAAAAACUGGACGAAUGGUUUUACAAACGUUCAAUUUUAAGCAGGAACAUUUCUCGACGGAUAUCGCCUGUCUUUUCUCCUUAAUCGUUACAUUUCGUUUCUUGGCAUUUCUCGCCUUGCUAUCAAAGACGCAGCGCAAUUCAAAGCAAAGGAUAGUGCAACGAGGGGGUGCAACAAAGCUUUUCUGCUCGAUUACAAUGUACAUUUUAGAAGAAAAUCAGUGCUUUCAUAAAAAUGACGGCAACCUGAUGAAUGAUGAACAAGAAGAAGAAGCAAUUCAAUCGAGAGGCGUGACCAUUUCAUGGAAAGAUCUAUCGGUAUACGUGAUGGAUCGUGGACGAAGAAAUGUGUCCAAACAACUGAUCGAUAAUGUGCGGGGUGCAGCAAAAUCCGGCGACCUGACAGCAAUAAUUGGUGCAAGUGGAGCUGGCAAAAGUUCAUUGAUGGCAGCUCUGGCUUUCCGUACCGGGCCCGAAUUUUUAAUCCAUGGUGAUAUACGAGCAAACGGGCUGCCAGUUGAUUCUUCCUACAUGAUGCGAAACAGCGGUUACAUGCAUCAGGAAGAUAUGUUCAUUGAAACAAUGACGGUGAUCGAACAUCUUUGGUUUAUGGCUCGAAUGAAAUUCGACGGAAGGAUACAGAUGUUGGAUGUUGGAAAAAAAAUUGAUCGUUUAUUGAAAGAUGUUGGUCUAAUGAGUAGACGCAAUGUCCGAAUUGGUAGUGGCAUCGAUGAUAAAGUAUUGUCCGACGGUGAAAAGAAGAGGUUGGCCUUUGCUACAGAAUUAUUAACAGAUCCGAAAAUAUUAUUCCUUGACGAACCAACAACUGGACAGGAUUCUCAUUCGGCGAACUGUCUGGUUUUCCAAUUGAAAUCUUUUGCAGCGAAAGGACGUACCGUAUUAUGUACCAUACAUCAACCGAGUUCCACUAUAUUCAAUUCUUUCAACCAAAUAAUUUUGAUUGCCGAAGGUCGGGUUGCGUUUGCAGGUCUAAUCGAUCAGGCGGUUGAAUUUUUUGCAAGUCAGGGUUACGAGUGUCCGUGGAACUACAAUCCUGCUGAUUUUUUGAUAACGAUUGUGGCUACGGGUUCGAAGAGUGAGAAUGACGAAGAAAUAGCACAAAAACUAUGCGACGCGUUUUUAAAUAGUGAAGCUUCCAAAGAAAUUGACCGCAUUUUUGAGAAGCAGCUUCAAACGAGACACUCUUUGAACUCAACAUCGAAGUUACAUCUGCACACUGAAUGUGUCACAAAAAAAGAAUUACGAUAUUUUUCACGGCUAUACUGGUUAGUUUACCGAGAUUUCUUGCAAGUUUUGAGGGAUCCAUCGGUACAAGUAAUUAGAAUACUUCAAAAAGUGAUCGUCGCGACAAUUGCCGGUUUAUGUUUCAUGGGAUCUGUGAAUUUCGACCAAUUCGGAAUACAAGCAACGCAAGGUGUUAUUUUUAUCUUGGUAUCUGAAAAUGCAUUCUUCCCGAUGUAUGCUACGUUAGCCUUGAUACCACAGGAAUUGCCGCUUCUUCGACGAGAGUACCGGACAGGAAUGUAUCCUGUUUACCUCUAUUACAUCGCGCGCGUACUUUCCUUGAUACCUGGUUUGAUAGUAGAGCCCCUACUAUUUACAUCGAUUAUAUACUGGCUAGCUGGAUUGCGAGUUAAUAUCGAAACUUUUGGAUCAUCGUUACUUGUCAUUCUGCUUACCAUAAACGUGUCGACUGCGUGCGGUUGUUUCUUUUCGACGGCAUUUGGAAGCGUACCGUUAGCGAUGGCGUACUUGGUACCCUUCGAUUAUGUUCUCAUGAUUACUAUGGGUCCUUUUCUCAAAUUAGGAUCAUUACCACUAUACAUUCGAUGGGUGAAAUAUAUUUCCUGGUUACUGCAUGCUAGCGAAGUGCUUACGAUUCUUCAAUGGAACGGUGUCUAUAAUAUAUCUUGUGAGACGGCCGAUCCUGAAUUACCUUGUAUCACCGAUGGAGCCGAAGUUUUGCGUCGUUACGACUUUGACGAGGUUAACAUUUGGAUGGACCUGAUACUAAUGUUCAUUAUUUAUCUCAUCUUUCAUGUUCUUGGUUACGUAUGCCUAUGGAAUCGCUGCAGAUGGAAAUAA